AUGUUGAUAUUAUUGUUAUACAUCGUUCUUCAUUUAGCUGGAUCUCUCGUGGCUUUUGAUACAACAACAGAAAAUUAUACAGUACCAGUUAGUGGCAAAUGUGUUUUAACUUGUUAUGUAACUGAAGUUCGUUCAUUUAAAGUUCUAUGGCAAAAAAUUGAUCGACCAAUUGUAGGCGGGAACCAAACGAAUGUACAAAAACAAGAACAACUUACAUUGAUUGCUUUUGAUGGAGUAGUCUAUUCAAAUAAAGAUCAUUAUCGUCUAGAAUCGGACUAUGUUGGUUCAUAUAAUUUAAUAAUUGAUCGUGUUAAUGAAGAUGAUCAAGGAGAAUAUCAAUGUCAAAUCAAUACAGAACCAAGAAAAACAAAAAGAAUUUUUCUUACGGUUCAAGUUCCACCUCGUAUUGUUGAUUUUCGUCCAAAUCCGCCAUUACAUUUAAUUCGUGCUGGAUCACCUUUAACACUAUCAUGUCGUGCUGAAGGUACACCGAUGCCUUAUAUACGUUGGCGUAUUCGUGAUUCUGAUGUGCAUCGAGUCGAACCAUUACCGCCUGAUAAUAGUAAUAUUUGGUUUAUUCCAUCAAUAACACAUGCAUUUCCACGUACAGUUGAAUGUAUUGCUGAUAAUGGUGUUUUACCAGCUUCAAAUCGAAUAUUUACAAUUAAUGUCGAAUAUCGACCGAUUGUAACUGUAAAUAAUGAUAUAAUUCCAAGUGAACAAUAUCAAAAUGUAACUCUUGAAUGUCGUGUAUUAAGUCGACCAAGUGCACGAAUAUCUUGGGAGAAAAAUAGCAAAAUAAUUGACGAGAAUAAAAUAAGUAACACUCGAGUUAAUCAAACAAUGUCAAUAAGUCAAUUGACAAUUCAGAUGAAUAAUAAUGAUGAUUUUGGACAAUACAAUUGUAUUGCUGAAAAUGUUCAUGGUCGAAUGGAAGCUAUUGUAAUUGUACUUCAGGAAUUAAUGACAACAACUACAAAGAAUCAUCGACAUUCAAAACAUCAUUCAACGAAAACAAAUUCCAAUCGAUUAUUUACAAAAAUUCGAUCGGCAUUAACAACUGCAAUAACAACAACAAAUGUAAAUGGUGAACGUGAUAUACAUAUCAGUUCAUCUUCAUAUCGUCUAUGGACAUCGAAUAUAUUAAUAUAUCUACUGUUUUUAUUUCAAUUUAGAACAAUUUAUAGAUAA